GCGGCGGCUGCCCGGGGAGGGCGGCGCGGCCGCCAUCGCCUCCCCGGCGCGGUCCCGCCUCCCGCUCGCAGAGGCCGGGAUGGCGGCGGCGGCGAGGGGCCGGGUGCUGUGCCUCUUCGACGUGGACGGGACCCUGACGCCGGCUCGGCAGAAAAUCGAGCCGGAGGUGGACGCGUUCCUGCGGGAGCUGCGGGAGAGGGUGCACAUCGGCGUGGUGGGAGGCUCCGACUAUGCCAAGAUAGCCGAGCAGCUGGGGGACGGGGACGAAGUCAUCAAUAAGUUUGACUACGUUUUCGCAGAGAACGGCACGGUGCAAUACAAGAAUGGGCAGCUGGUCUCCAAGCAGGCCAUUCAGGACCACUUGGGGGAAGAGCUGCUGCAGGAGCUGAUCAACUUCUGCCUCAACUACAUGGCGCUGCUGAAGCUGCCCAAGAAACGAGGAACCUUCAUUGAGUUUCGCAACGGGAUGCUGAACAUCUCCCCCAUCGGACGGAGCUGCACUCCAGAGGAGCGAAUCGAGUUCUCUGAGCUGGACAAGAAAGAGCGAAUCCGGGAGAAGUUUGUGGCAGCCUUGCAGAGGGAGUUUGCUGGCAAAGGCCUGCGUUUCUCUCGAGGUGGCAUGAUCAGCUUUGACGUCUUCCCGGAGGGCUGGGACAAGCGCUACUGCCUCAACGUGCUCGACGACGAGAGAUUUGACACCAUCCACUUCUUUGGGAACGAGACGACCCCUGGAGGGAACGAUUAUGAAAUCUAUGAUGAUCCCCGCACAGUGGGACACAGUGUCCUGUCCCCCCAGGACACGGUCCAGCGAUGCCGUGAAAUCUUCUUUCCAGAGAGAGCAAACGAGUGCUGACUGCCAGGUCCCCACAGCCCGUCCCCACCCUCUCCCCCUGCCAGGAAAAGCACCUUCAUUUGAGGAAUCUGCUCAGGGUAGACUGAAAAAAAAAAAAAAAAAAAAAAAAAAAACCAAACCACUUUCCAGAGCUGGUUGGGAUGUAACACGUGUGUGUGUGCGGGUGGGUGUGCAGGAAGGGGUCUUUGCUGAGCGGCCCCUCGGCACUCCCCAUCUACGGCUGGAGCUUGUGGGACCAGACCCUCCUCACCUUCAGAAAAACUUCUCUCUUGACAGUUCAGGCUGUAAUGGGUGGCAAUGCAGAUGCUUUCUUGGUUGGAAGGCAUUUGAAAGGGCCAGUCAGAAGAGCAUGCGUGUGUCCCUGCUGUGCUCCCUUCCCUCUUUUUCGCUCUGUUUCUCUUAACACUUCUGCAUCAGGGAACAUGCAACUCACCUUUCUCUCCCCCUUGCACCUUGGCUGGGGAGGAUGAGGCUGCUGAGGCCCCAGGCACUCUCACCAGAGCUGCCCGCUGCUGAAGCAAGAGGCCAGGAAAGCUGUUUGCUCCUAGCCCGUGGCAGGAAGGGGUAGCAGUGACCCCAGCUUGUUGCAACAUUGUGCAUCAUAACAGAGAGGAUCACCAUGUCCUUCACCUCGGUGCCAUACCAUGCCAGUCCCUGCAGGUGACCUGGGAGUGACAGUGUUAAAAUUACUCUGCUUCUACCCUGAGCUUUGCUCAGGUGCGUGAAGAAACUGAUUCUCUCUUUAGGCUACAAAAAAAAAAAAAAAAAAAAAAAAGAAAAAAAAAAAAAGUUCUGCCUAGGGUUUAUUUUCCAUGUUGUGCAGAAGUUGUCAAGUCAGACCUUGCCUGGCCUGGCUGGAGGACCCCGGGUGCCUGGCAUGUGCAGAGCACCCUGGGGAGCCCUUGGGGGCAGGCGGCUUCCCAGCAGGCUUCCCACCCGUGUGUCCAUUAGGCAUCACAGAUGUGUCAGUGUAAAACCUUACCCAGGGCAUUCAUAACAGACCGAGUCCCCUUCCUUCCCUGGGCUCAGCUUCCCAUCGUGCUGCCAGAGACAUUUUUAGGGAGAGCCAACACAGGCCAGACCUUGUUUCCAGUGUCAGUGGAGGUGUGUGCUCAACAGUGCACUUGCUUUUCCACCCCAUCUCGUUCCACACGCUUGCUUUACACGGUCACCUUUAGGGACUCAAGUUCUCCAGUGCAGCUGUCGUGUGUCCUUCUGCUCCUCUCUUCUCCUGGGUCUUCAUGGGUUGCAAAACCACAUCAGCUCUCCUUUGGCCCUUGACCUCCUCCCUCACAUUCCCCCUUUAUUCCUGGAUGUUGCGCUGGGGUGUGUGACCACACUAGCCAUGCUAGUCCCAGCUCGGCGCUUAAGAGGAGCUCAGGGAUCCCCUCCAGGGAGAGGUCCUGCUUACAGCUCCCCAGGGCACACGUGUUUGGGGUUUGUGAACCUGGAGGGUGCCGGAGGAUCCUGCAAAAGCUCUCCUCGUUGCUCCCUGGGAGCCUUUCUCAGUGCAUCCCCGCUGGGAUGGCACUGCUCCAUCCCUUGGUCUUCUUUUCUCUCUUUUUCUCACUGUUCCUGCUUUCCUUGCCAUUGUUCUUCACCUCCCACCUAUCAGCUGGACGGCAGAGAGAAGUUUCUCAGCUGGUUACUGCCACUUAACCCAGGGGCUGAGUUCCUCAGGCGAGAUAUGUUGGUGCUUUUAGACCCAGGACAGGGCUCCCACGUUGCCACGGGCAGAGUCCUGAGUGGACCCUGGUCCUGGUGCCAGGGGUGCCAUCUCCUCCACCUGACUACACCUCUUAACUCUACAACACAUCAGGUCUGUAAUGCAUCACAUUUGCACGAGCGUGGCGGUCUGCCCAGCAUCUGGAAAUCCCCAACAAAUGCACAAAUUCCUCUUUCUACCCAGUGAAGGUUUCUGCGUGGAAGAAGAGGACCCGUUGGGGAAGCCUGGAUGCAGGGUACCCUUUGGUUUUGACCCUCCACUGCAACCGUCAUGGAGGAAUCGCGUGUUUUGUGGUUCCUUCUUCUCUGUUUCACUGUGGGUCGGGUUAUGUGUGGGGUUGGGGGGGGGGUGGGGGGUGGUAUUUUUCCUGUAAGUCUAUUCAGAGUCAGCAGGGUCGUUAGCAAGCUUAGUGGCGAGAGAAGAGCAGGGCCUGGCCCUGAAGGCACGAGGCACGGGUGGUGGCCUUGGGGGUUGAGAUGACUUUUUCGUAUUUGAAGGGCAGGGCAGGCUCUGUCCAAGGCUGCUCCUGGUGGCAGCACGUCCCUUGCUCAGGGCGGGGGGAGUUGCAGGGCAAGCAGAGCAGAGGCAGGGAUGACCUUCGAGGCACCAGCCGUCGCUUUCUCUGCUCGGGAGCUCACGUGUGCACGAGUGGGAUCAAGUUCAGGAACCUUCCCUGGUUUUGUCUCUGUCUUAUGCCAAGCUUGGGCUAGCUGAGGGCACCUCCCACCAGGAGACCCUACCCUGCCAGAGGGAUGAGGAGGAGGGUGGCAUCAGAAGUAGCUGGGGCAGCCCCAGGGUCUCAGUGUGGCAGAAUGGUUGGGGGUGGAGGGGACCUUUGGAGGUCAUCAGGUCCCACCUCCCUGCUCCAGCAGGGUCACCGAAAGCCCUGGCUGCCUGCGCUGUGUUUUCGCAGGCAGGGAUGAGGCAGGGCGCCGGGGGUGGGAGGCCUGCACCAAGGGGACAGCGCACGCGUGUCCCUGAGGCCCCUUUGCCGUGACACUCCUCUCCCAGUGGGUGCCCACGGUGUGAGGGGGGGGUUUCCCCAUGUACGCGUGAGCGAGCAGAUGUGGCGGGCCCUGCGCCGGGGACCAUCCUGCCAUACGGCUCCGUAUCUGUGCGAGACGGGCGGCUCCUGUCUGGCUGAUACUAACUGUUAAAUAAGAAAUAUAUUUAAAUACAUAUAUAUGUAUAUUUAAAAAAAAAAAAAAAAAGAAAAAAAUAAAAUCAUAUUAAAGCUAAAACACGCAGUGGUU